UCAUCACUAAUGUUAUAAUCAAAAGUCUUUUUUUCUUUUUUCUCAAACCUAGUGAAUGUUCUAAAAUUGUAUCAAUUCAAAAUUAAAUCCUUGCAUCUUGAAAAAGGAUCCGACCCAUAUCCGAAAACACGGAUCCACACCUGUCGUGAAGUAAACGAACAAAAAAACACCCGCCGUAGCCUUGCCAUUAACGACCGUUAACGGAAAAAAGAAAUUGGAUCCGCCGUAGCAGCUGGAUCCAUCCAUCAUGCCAUCUUCUCCUAAGCUAUUUCACGCGCGGCCAUCAUUCUUCACGCGCCGAUCGACGCCUUUGAUCGUAUUCGCUUCUCUAGCUAUCGGUUUCACCGGUUUCCUUUUCGGACUAUCCACGAUUCUAUUCCCGGGUCUCCGGUUAUCCGGCCGGACCUGUCUGACCAGCUUGCCUCCGAAGACGGUUCGGAUCGUCUGGGACGUCGCGGGAAAUAGCAUCGUUAAUAAUGGAGCAGGCGGCCAAGUGAAGAGACACAAGGUUAUGGGGUUCGUCGGAAUCCAGACCGGGUUCAGAUCAGCUGGCCGGAGACGAGCUCUCAGGAACACGUGGAUGCCGUCCGAUCCAGAUGGACUUCGACGCUUGGAAGAAUCAACAGGAUUGGCCAUCAGGUUUAUUAUAGGCAAAACCAAAGAUGAGGGUAAAAUGGCUGAGCUUAGAAGGGAAAUCGCAGAGUACGAUGAUUUUGUACUGCUUGAUAUCGAGGAGGAGUACAGUAAGCUCCCAUACAAAACUUUGGCUUUCUUCAAAGCUGCAUACGCCCUAUAUGAUUCAGAAUUCUAUGUCAAAGCUGAUGAUGAUAUAUACUUGAGGCCAGAUCGGUUGUCUUUGCUGUUGGCUAAAGAGCGGAGUCACUCGCAGACAUACAUUGGAUGCCUGAAAAAGGGUCCAGUUUUCACAGAUCCAAAACUCAAAUGGUAUGAACCCUUGGGAGAUCUGCUCGGGAAAGAAUACUUUCUUCAUGCAUAUGGCCCCAUAUAUGCUCUUUCUGCUGAUGUUGUCACAAGUUUGGUUGCCCUAAAGAACAACAGUUUCAGGAUGUUUAGCAACGAGGAUGUGACAAUAGGUGCGUGGAUGCUGGCAAUGAACGUUAAACACGAGAACCUUCACACCCUUUGUGAACCAGAGUGCUCACCACACUCCAUUGCUAUCUGGGAUAUACCAAAAUGCUCAGGUCUUUGUAAUCCAGAGAAAAGAAUGUUGGAACUUCACAAGCUAGAUAGCUGCUCAAAGAGUCCGACCUUGCCAUCGGAUGAUGAUAAAUGAUCUACCCUCUUAUAUAUAUCUUUUGUACUGAUGUAAGAUCCGAGGCGUAACAAUUCAUACAUCUCUUUCUCUGACAUGUCCGCCAUUGAAGCUGCUUCAUACAGAUUGUGCAAGCCUCUCGAUUUUCAGUUUACAGCAGCUCUGUUAUUCCGGGGGGAGUGUGAGAAAAAACGACGAGAGUUGAUCACGCUUAAACAGCUUUUGGGUUCUUUUUUAAACUAGGGUUAGUAAAUUUUUUGUGUAUAACAAGUUUUGGGUGAUACCUUGUUGUACAAGUAUAAGAUUGAACUAAUAAUUGCAAUUUCUUUAGUGAUAGUUACAGUGUGAAACAAUUAAGCUUCUUUUUCCGUUACUUCAAUUUUUUGUAUUGUUUUUUGUACUUUACGAUAUUCCACAAAAAGUUUAGAAUUGAAAAUUUUAUACUACAUCUUUAUGUGAA